AUGCAUUUCCUCCGCCCCGUCUGCGUAGUCCUCAGCCUGGCGAGGGGCCUCGCUGCUUCAGAACCCCCAGCUCCUAUCCAGCUCGAGGAGAGAUAUCAUAUAUCCCAACGAGCUCUCGCUGAAGACAUCUGGGAUAAGUUCAAGGAUGGUGCAUCUUGCAUAGGGUGUGAAUCUGUCAUCGUCCUUCUCAAAGGUCUCGCCCUUCUCGGUGACGGCCUCUUCGUUAGAACGUUGCAAGAGAUCUGCAAACUCUCCAAAGCCGAGGAUGACGACGUCUGCGAGGGUGCCAUCGGACUAGAAGGCCCCAUCAUAGCCCGUGCCGUCCGCAACAUCAAAAUCUCCAGCCAAACCUCCAAGCUCUUCUGCAUCAACUUCCUCGGUGUGUGCGAUUACCCGGCCACCACCCCUUCACGGUCCCCAUUGCCCGCGACAAGCCCGCUGCCCAUUUGUUGCAGACCGUAUACUGCCAGUGAUGCGCCGGGGGUAAGCUCCUCCCCGGCUGGUCCCAACGGCGACCACCGCUGCGAUACCCCGGUGAGCCUCGAGGAAAGCAUGUACGCAGCCAUCAGCGAGCUCGUGCCCGACGCCAUCUUCUCCAUUUGCACUGGCGAUAUUGUCGACCACACCGUGUGGAACACCUCCAAGGAGUUCAAUACCAUAUCAAUCACCGACUCCUACGCUCGCAUGGCUCGCACUCUCGGUACGGUGUACGGCACCCCGGCAACCACGAAACCCACCCAACGAACGCGUUCCCCCUUCACCAUCAACUCCGAAGCUCGCUGGAUCUACGAUCUCCUCUCCACCACAUGGUCACGCUGGAUCGGCGCCGAAGCCGCCUCCACCGCCCGAGACCGAGGUCGCUACUCCAUCCGCCAUCCGGGGACUAACCUGCGCAUCAUCAGCCUCAACACCAACAUGUACUAUACCCAGAAUUACUGGCUCUACCAGCGCACUAUGGACCGGGACCCGGACGGCCAAAUCGCCUGGUUGGCCGCCGAGCUCGACGCCGCCGAACGCGCGUCCGAGCGAGUCUAUCUGCUCGGCCACAUGCCCCUCGGCGACCACAACGCCUUCCGCGACCAGAGCAACUACCUCGACCAGCUCGUCGUCCGCUACUCCGACACCAUCGCCGCCAUGUUCUUCGGCCACACCCACUUUGACCAGUUCCAAAUCUCCUACUCCCGCUACGGGCCCAGCGCCGGCCGCCGCGCCGAGGACGCCCGCGUCGUCUCGUACAUUGGGCCCUCCCUCACCCCGACCAGCGGCAUGCCCUCCUUCCGCGCCUACCUCGUCGACCCAGACACGUUUGCCGUGCUCGACGUCGAGACCUACAUCGCCGACAUGUCCGACCCCACCUUCCAGACGGCCGGCCCGCGCUGGCGCAAGCUGUACUCCGCCAAGGAGACCUACGGCCCCCUCGCCUUGGCCGCCGACCAGACCGCCUUUGACGGCUACUACUUGCGGAAAUCCCGCGGCUGGAAGGCGGGCGAGUCCUGCGCCGGCCCCUGCCGCGACGCCGAGAUUUGCCAGAUUCGCGCCGCCCGCGGCGAGGACAACUGCUACGAGCCCGUGCCCGGCGUGCACUUCAACAAGAGGGUCGAGGACCCCGUCCAGAACAGGGACGAGUGCGGCAUCUCCGUGUCCAGAGCCACCAUCAACUCGCUCAUCGUCAAGAGGGACUCCCUGGCCUUGCUAAAGAAGAGGUUCGUCGAGAACCACGCCCCCACCAUGCUGUAG